AAGUUUAUUUAGUAUAUCGCUUACAUGUAGUGAUAUCAAUUAUCAACGACCUUGUACUCUGGAAUGUACGGUAAUAUUUAGAUUUGGUUAUUCUGGUGGUUAUAAACUGAAUUAAUGUGAAAAAUAAAACUGUUUUAAUACAUCUGAUUGAGGUAAAUUUAAGUUUAAUAUGGAAGUCGUCGGUAGGAAAUUAGAAGCCGAAGAAGAAACUCCAAGAGAUGAACACGUGUUUUGUGAACCAUGUGAAGUCGAAAACACGAAAACUAAAGCAAAUGGAGCAUGUCGAGAAUGUAAAGAGUACAUGUGUACCACAUGCUUCCGGCAUCACCUGAAGAGUAAACUAAGUAGAAAUCAUGUGCUACUUCCAACAGGAAAGCUGUCGUCAAUGUCGCUGGAUAGCAGUAAGGAAACCGUUGAAAUCUGCGAGAAGCACGACAAUGAACCAAUAAAAUUUUAUUGUCGUACACAUGAUAUUGUAGGGUGUGGCGACUGCAUAGUGUUAGGACAUGCAACUUGUAAGCCAGAAUAUAUCAAGGACCUAGCAAAGACAUUUAAAAAUGAAGACGAAUUCAAAACCUUAAUGGCGAAACUGGAAAUGUUUGAAUCGUAUAAAAAGAAAAAUGGGGAGACAAUUAAAAACAGUAAGGACGAAGCUAAAUCGAUGUAUGACAGAGCUCUGAAGGAAAUUCGGCAGUUCAGAUCAGAUAUAAAUAUCUAUCUGGACAAGGCAGAAGCAAAUAUCUUAUCUCAGGUAGAACAAAUAGCCGCGGAAAACACAGAAAUGCAGAAAAAGCUCGAGCAAGACGUAAAGGCGUUGACAUCAGAAAUCGAGGAAGUAAAACAAAAGCUUAAUAUUAACACGCAGCUGCAUCAUGGAAAUGUAUUGUUUAUCAACACAAUUAGGUGCAAGUCUAAACUCGAUGACCUUGAAAAGAUGCAUGCAAAAAUAAAGCAAGAACAUAUCUUGAAAAGGUUUCAGUUUAUUCGCGACGAUAAUUUCGCAGGAAUAUUACAAGCUCUCCAACAACUAGGUAAACUGAGAAUUGAUUCCGAUGUCGAUGGAAGUAAGCAUGAAAAUACAAAUUCUGGAAUACAAAAAGCUGCACGCCCGUCUGGGCAUCUAGGAACUAGAAAACCGAAAUCAACCGACUUUGUUGUAGGUGCACGUGUCUGUCAGAUACUGGGUCCUGGCUGCAAAUGGGGAAACCAGGAUGAUGGUGGACCAGGUAUUGUGAUAGGUGUUCGAUCAGGCUGAGCAGUUGUGUCUUGGGAUAAUGGGCAAUCAGGGCACAAUUACAGGAUAGGAAAAGAUGGUGCCUUUGAUCUAGAGCUCAUAUAAUUCUGAUUUGUGAUGAUGGUUUUUCAGCUUUAUUAAUGUAAUAACAAACUUUAAAUCUCAACUAUCAUAACAUCUUGAAGAACGGGCAAUAUUUAGUUCGUUUACAUCCUAGGCAGUUGCCUCCCUUUAGAGAAUACAGACAUUCAAGCAUAAUGUUUUCUUCUUUGAUUAAAUUACUAGUUUCAAUAUUUUCCAAAGUGAUCAAGUUGAAAAAUAGAUGCAAGUGUAUUUGACUUCAUAAUGAACGUAUAUGAUUCACUGAACAGAAUCAAUUAAACCAAGUCUGCUUUUUGUGCUUGGUAGCGUUCUUUUCUUCCAUAGAAAUUUUCAGAUUUCAUGGGCAGGUGGGUUUUGGGUAUCUAUAAAAACAAAGUCGCUGUUUGUCCUUUGAUACAAGGAAUUAGUUUAAAGCUGCACGUCUCCAGAUUUAUGUGAAUUGUUUCGAAAUGUUUUCAUUAAUAAGUUAUUGCAAUAAAAGGUAAAAUCGGGCCCAUGUAAAAUGACUUUGAAUUUACCCAAGGGCAAGCCAGUCACUAUUAGUUAGGAUAACUUGGCAUUCCAACUUUCGCCCCCUCCUCUGACCCUAAUCCCCUCUACCCUAUAUAACCUCCCUAAAUAUUUUAUACUUAAAGUGUGAUUAUUUGUGCUUACUUAGAACUGGAACUUAAACUUUUUAGAAACACUUGUGUCAUGUGUAAAUUUUUGAUAAAUAAUAUAUGUCUCUGUACAAUCAUAUGUUGCAUUGUCAUGUAACUUGAAUUAUUAAAGUUAUUUACUGUUCUGUUCUAUAAAGUAAAUCUGUGCCCUUUAGGAUCUUUUUAUCUGUUAAAAACACUCUUUUAAUCAAUAAAAUAUGU